CUUCUCCAGCUCUGUCUCCGCAAUUGGAUCGAGUAAAGACGAGUCUAAAUUUAGGGACCUGAUGAAAUGAGAGUGUGUUGAUCUUGGCCAGGUGAGGUUUUUUUUUUAAAGCAAAUCCGUCCAGAAGUGAAGCAGAAGGAGUCAAGAGACGCAUCGACAAAAGAAAGUCUGGAAAAGUUACGGAUGCAAACGUCGCUUUGACAUUCGAACCGGAGCAGGUCGUCAAGGUUUACAUUUUCAGUCUGAACGUAGAGAAUCUGCAGCCAUGAAGAAAUCUUCAUACACAGCACGAUCAGCUAGCACUCGAAUGAGGAGAGCAGAAAAGGAGGGAUCUGGCAUUACUAGUCCCACACUGAAGCGGUCGUUUGAGGUGGAGGAAACGGACGCAUCCACCCACCCAUCUCCCCUGUCUCGCCGGACCACCAACCCCCUCCGCUCAUCCACGUCCUCUGCUUCCAGCCAGCGGUCCUACGAUCUGAGCUCCCGCAACUCAGACUACCCCUCCUCUAGAUCUUCUGCCUCAGAGUCCUCCAAUCCACGCUCCCCAAACACAGGCAUGAGGCGCAUUGAGUUAACAGGGGGUCGUAACAAUGAUGCAGCUUCCUCCCGUCGCGCAGAAAUGUCUAUUGAGGUCUCCUCCAAGCAGGUUGACAACUCACCCAGUGCUGGCAUCGCCCGCUUUGGCCUCAAACGGCCAGAGGUCAGCCUCAGCAGCCGGAGUAAUGCACUCGAGGUCUCCUCCAGCUCCAUCUCCAGCACCACAAACAGAAGAGCAGAUCUCAGCGUGACACGGCCUCAAGAACCCCCUGCCCCUCCCAGGAGGAUGGAUGCCCAGCUGUCCUCGGCCCCAGUCUCCAGGAUCCCAGAUCCCCCUCAGAGAAGAGCAGAGUCCUUGUCUCAAAACGUCAGUCCAGUGGAUGGGAUCUCCAGGAGGCCAGAGAUGCCCGUCUUCAAACAACCGGACAAUUUGGUGCCAAGCAGUCCAUCUGAAAACAGCAAUCAUCAGCCACCAGCACCCACAGGCCCCCUGCCUUCCCUGAUGGAGCCCCAUGUGGAGAGGGUGCAGUCGCCUAUUGCAGAACCACCUGCAACCCGACCAACAGACAAACCAGAAGGUUUUCUCAACUACAGAAGCAGUGCCAUGUCUGAGACGGUGGUGCCUGACUCCAUGGUGUCCCCGGCAGUAGGGAGUGUGUACGGGGAGAAGGCCGGCGGCCCCCUGGUGGACUUCAGUUAUGUGGGCAUUGAUGCCAUUCUGGAGCAGAUGAGGAGGAAGGCCAUGAAGCAGGGAUUUGAACUCAACAUUAUGGUUGUAGGACAGAGUGGCCUGGGAAAGUCUACUCUCAUGAACACGCUGUUCAAGUCUAAAGUCAGCCGGAAGUCUGUGCUGGCCACAUCCCAGGAGAAGAUACCCAAAACAAUUGAGAUAAAGUCCAUCAGUCAUGACAUCGAGGAGAAGGGAGUGAGGAUGAAGCUGACAGUCAUUGACACACCGGGCUUUGGAGAUCAGAUCAACAAUGAGAACUGCUGGCAGCCCAUCAUGAAGUUCAUUAACGACCAGUAUGAAGCAUACCUACAGGAGGAAAUCAACAUCAACAGGAAGAAAAGGAUUCCAGACUCUAGAGUCCACUGCUGCAUAUACUUCAUCCCCCCGACUGGACACUGUCUGCGGCCUCUUGAUGUAGAGUUCAUGAGACGGCUCAGUAAGGUGGUCAACAUUGUUCCAGUCAUUGCCAAAGCAGAUACACUCACGCUGGAAGAGAGGGACUUUUUCAAAAAGAAGAUUAGGGAAGAGUUGCGAGCCAAUGGGAUUGAUGUUUACCCGCAGAAGGAAUUUGACGAGGAUGCAGAGGACAGGAUGAUUAAUGAAAAGAUCAGGGAGAUGAUCCCCUUUGCGGUGGUGGGCAGCGACCAGGAGUACCAGGUCAAUGGUAGGAGGCUGCUGGGGAGGAAGACCAAGUGGGGAACUAUUGAAGUUGAGAACAUAGCCCACUGUGAGUUUGCUUACUUGCGGGACCUCCUCAUUAGGACCCACAUGCAGAACAUUAAGGACAUCACAAGCAGCAUCCACUACGAAAUGUAUCGCGUGAGACGCCUCAAUGAGAAUAACACGGCGGUGGCUCAUGCCAACGGCCUCCCGGAACAUCAUCUGGCCGCCCACGAGAUGUAGACGCCACCUGUCCCAUCUGCAGAGUGAUGCAUCAGCUGUGAGACUUUGAUCUUCAAGGACAGUCCUCCCACCACCCCAGCCCCCAUCUCACAGGUGGGAAAGAAACUCAGAAACCUGCCCGAGGGACUUGAUUUUCAAUGACUUUCUGCAGCUGAAAGGACUAUUCAUGUCAGUUUAUUGCCUCUUUAACAAACCUUACCCUCUCACUCUUGCUGACAAAGACAGUGAAGUGAAGGCUUAGUCUUCAUAAUGUGCUGCAGCUUUUUUUUCUUUUUUUUUUUUUUAACUUGCCUACAGAUCUAACACUUAAUAUUUGCCAACAUGUCCGUUUAUACCAAAGACAACAGACCGCUGUCACAAUUCCUCCAUUUAUUUCUCAUUUGUUUUAAUCAGUAACAUCGUUUUGCAAGUUUGGCGAGUCUUUUUCUUACAGUUCUUUUGUGCCACAACAACAGAACACAGCAGAACUGCUUUGUUUUUUGUCUUUAAGCACGCACUAUACCAGCCUGUGUGAAAAGUGAUAAUACCCAUUAUUGCACUUGAUCACUUCGUUGUAUGUCAUUGACGAGGCGUGUUGAAGAGGGCCGGGCAGCACUUUCCCAAUACGUGGCUCGUACGUUCAACAGCGGAGCGCUGCAUCAUUCAGCCGUCUCCCACUACGACAAACGGUUACCAAAUAGCACAUCAUAUGUUUGAUUAUCUGGUUUUGUUUUCGUCACCGUCUGUGUUUUGCUUUAUUUGUUAAGUGUUCAUAUCUUCUUAAAUAUAGAUGUCUUUGACGUCUUUUUAAAUUCCCAUUUAAGAACGUCGUUGAUUUAUUCAAAUAUCUUGAGAGUGAUUUAAGACGGAAAAGUAUUUAUGUGCGUUUUUAAAAAAAUGUGAAUGUUUUUCAUCAGUUGUGGUCCAAUUACUGAGAUUACACACACACACACACACACACACACACACACACAUGCACACAUACACGGUAACACAACGUAUUCACACAUAGAUGUACUUCUUUGAGGCCCACCAUAGUGCCUUAUUUAUUGGAGAAUGUUAGCAUGUUGGCUGAAACUGGAAAGAGCAGGUUUGUUGUUUCCAACUUGAAUACAUUUAGACUUAUUUCAGUCGUUUGUGUCAUUUAUCUGGAGAGAGUUUUUUUUUUCUUCCUAUUUUCCUCUGAUGUACCAAGGAUCUUGUCAAUCGCAUAUAAUCCCCUAAACUGUCACUGUCAUGCUCUGUCCUGUAUAUUCAUCUGUGUUCUGAUACAUUUUUGUACUUGUAUUAUUGACAACAAAUUUUCCUUUAUCUUAUUUUAAAUAAAUAAAGAUUGAAGUUGUAAAUA